AAGCAGAGUCAAAAUAUGAUUAUGUAAGAGUGCCUGCAUAAGCUCCCACUGCAACUACUACUGCUAUAAAUAGCACACAUAAAUCGUUUCUUGGAAAACUCAAACGUGUUCAAUCCUUAUCCUUCUUCUUUUUUCUCCUCUUUUUUUUCAAGAAUCGAAUUGGGGUAUUUGUUAAAACAACCAAAGAUUGGAUUUUUUUUCAUUCUGUGUAAGAAUUUUUGGGUUUUGAUCUGAGAGGAAAAGAUGGAGGGUGUUGAUUAUUUGGCUGAUGAGAGGAGAAAAGCUGAGUUUGAUGUGAAUGAGAUGAAGAUUGUUUGGGCUGGUUCUCGCCAUAAUUUUGGAUUAGCAGAUCGUAUCUCCAAGCUUGUUGCUAAUGAUCCUGGCUUCAGUAAGGAAGGCAGGACUAUGCUUCCUAGGAAAGAGCUAUUUAAGAACACGCUAAGGAAGGCGGCAUAUGCAUGGAAACGGAUCAUUGAACUUCGUCUUUCUGAAGAAGAAGCAGCUAAGUUAAGGCAUUUUGUAGAUGAGCCUGCUUUUACCGAUCUUCAUUGGGGAAUGUUUAUACCAGCCAUAAAAGGGCAGGGCACAGAUGAACAGCAGAAAAAGUGGUUGCCGUUGGCCUAUAAGAUGCAAAUAAUUGGGUGCUACGCUCAAACUGAACUUGGACAUGGGUCCAAUGUGCAAGGCCUUGAAACCACUGCCACAUUUGAUCCUCAAACAGAUGAAUUUGUCAUUCAUAGUCCUACAUUGACGUCAAGCAAGUGGUGGCCUGGUGGAUUGGGUAAAGUCUCUACCCAUGCUGUUGUGUACGCUCGUCUUAUAACAAAUGGUAAAGACUAUGGGAUUAAUGGUUUUAUUGUCCAACUACGAAGCUUGGAGGACCACAAACCUCUUCCAGGUGUUACUGUUGGAGACAUUGGAAUGAAAUUUGGAAACGGGGCAUACAAUACUAUGGAUAAUGGGGUAUUAAGAUUUGAUCAUGUGCGCAUUCCAAGAGAUCAAAUGCUGAUGAGGGUUUCACAAGUUACAAGGGAAGGAAAAUAUGUCCAAUCUGAUGUUCCCCGACAACUCCUUUAUGGGACAAUGGUAUAUGUUCGUCAAACAAUUGUAGCAGAUGCUUCCAGUGCUUUGUCUCGGGCUGUGUGUAUUGCAACCAGAUAUAGUGCCGUUCGUAGACAAUUUGGUUCUCAGAAUGGUGGACAAGAAAUUCAGGUGAUUGACUAUAAAACUCAGCAAAGCAGGCUCUUCCCCUUGUUGGCUUCUGCAUAUGCCUUCAGAUUUGUUGGGGAGUGGCUGAAAUGGUUGUACACUGAUGUGACCCAAAGACUGCAAGCAAAUGAUUUCUCAACAUUGCCUGAGGCGCACGCAUGUACGGCGGGAUUGAAGUCUUUGACAACCACUGCCACUGCUGAUGGAAUUGAAGAAUGCCGAAAGUUAUGUGGAGGUCAUGGAUAUCUAUGUAGCAGUGGGCUUCCAGAGUUAUUUGCCGUUUAUGUACCUGCCUGUACAUACGAAGGAGAUAACACUGUGCUUCUACUACAGGUUGCAAGGUUUCUUAUGAAGACCGUUUCACAGCUGGGCUCUGGAAAGAAGCCAGUGGGUACCAUAUCUUAUAUGGGAAGAAUUGAACAUUUGAUGCAAUGCCGUUCUGAUGUGAAACAAGCCAAGGACUGGCUGAAACCUAGUGUGGUAGUGGAAGCGUUUGAAGCAAGGGCUGCCAGAAUGUCUGUUGCUUGUGCUCAGAAUCUUAGCAAGUUUGAUAAUCCAGAAGAAGGCUUUGCAGAACUUGCAGCUGAUUUAGCUGAAGCAGCAGUUGCUCAUUGUCAAUUAAUUGUUGUCUCCAAGUUUAUUGAGAAAUUGCAACAAGACAUUCCCGGGAAAGGGGUUAAGCAACAGCUGGAAGUGCUUUGCGGUAUCUAUUCCCUCUUCCUUCUUCACAAACAUCAAGGAGAUUUUCUCGGGACUGGCUAUAUCACCUCAAAGCAGGCAUCACUUGCUAAUGACCAGCUCAGAGCCUUAUAUUCCCAGCUUCGUCCAAAUGCUAUAUCGCUGGUUGAUGCAUUUAACUAUACCGAUCACUUCCUUGAUUCAAUUCUUGGACGUUAUGAUGGAAACGUGUAUCCGAAACUGUAUGAGGCUGCAUGGAAGGAUCCUCUCAACCAAUCCGAUAUAGCCGAUGGCUUCCAUGAAUAUAUUAGGCCACUACUCAAGCAGCAACUGCAUACUGCUCGACUGUGAAGGAAGAGUUGCAUAUAUUUAUAGCUGUUGUAUUGUGCUGUGCCAAUAAACUAAAAUUUGAAAUAUCAUCUUUCUUUUGGAUGAUGGCCUCCUUUAUGACUUACAUAGCGGUGAUUAAGCAGUAAAUCGCUAAAUCUUGUUUGAAUAAGAUUUAUGAACUCUUGAAAGGAAACUGUAAUGUAUGCUCAGUAUUUUUCCCUCCCAGAACUAUGAAAGAAAAUAGAUUGAAUUUUUGCCUCAAAA